CGUUCGACAAAUGGCGUUCGGUAUUAAAAGUGUGAUGUGUGGUGCGUGUAAACAAAAGUACAUUGAAGUUCUGCGAAAUGUUUGGCAAACCUGACGCCAGCCUGCGAUAAAUGUUAACUUCGUCAAACGAUUCUGUGGACGUUGGUGUCGAGGAGUAUUUUGGUUACCAUCCGGUCGACAAGGCAUUCCAACGUGCAUUGUCGAAACCAAUACAUUUAACUCCUGGAGAAAACAGAGUUCAAACAAUCUAUCUGGACUGAAACCAACUAAAGUAUGUUUUAUCAACACUGUCGUCGCGAAAUCGUAACUCGAGGGGAGGAGAAGGUGGCAAGGCGGAAAAAAGAGCGAUAUUUUGAGCGCAGCGAAGUUUCGCAGUUGGUCAAAGGGUGAGCUAAGAAAGGCGCCGGAAGAAUGGGGGAGAGCCAGGAACAACAGCAGCCCCUGCUUCGUUCGAUCAACAACGUGUACGUGUCCCUCGUUAGGUUCAUCAACAAGACGAUGCACAACGUCGUUCUCUACUGGAUCGAUUAUCAAGGUCGGGCUGUCAGCUACGGUGUAUUGUCGCCUGGCGAUUGCCUCGACAUCGACACGUUCGUUACGCAUCCGUGGAUCUUCGUCGACCAAGAAACCAGAGACAGGUUCCCGACCUGCUCUGAUAUUAUACCCAAGUUUCAUUACCAAUCGUUGAACAGUACAGAUUUAUCGCCAGCGUUCGUUCGAUUCUCGCCGUUUAAUUUCGAAUACCAAAAGGGAAUAAGAAACGGAAGGAUGUCGUCGAAUAUAAUCGCUGUGGUCAUUCUAAUUUCGAUUACGGGCACGUGGUUGCAAAAUGGCUGCGUCGCAGAGCUUUACACCGCGUUAGCGGAUAUGGAAGAGCUGCUUGAGACGGAGGCGGUACUCAUCGACACGCUAAACGGCUACAUUAAAGCACAGGAAGAACGUCUGGCCACUCUGAGAAAAAACGUGGAGGAUUACGCGAGAGAACACGAGGAGGCUUCGAGGAACAUUCAGCAGUACCUGUCGAAUCCGAUUAACGCUUAUUUGCUGGUGAAAAGACUGACCACCGAUUGGAAGCGGGUCGAGGAGCUGAUUACCCAGGACGUGGGCAAGUCGUUUGUCGCGAAUAUCACCAACUCACGGAGCGACCUUAAAUUCCCAACUGACGAGGACCUUAAUGGCGCCGCUGUCGCUUUGAUGAGGCUACAGGACACGUAUAAACUGGAGACUGCACAGGUCGCCAGGGGCGUGUUGAAUGGGGUCCAGUACAGCACCGGAUUAAGUGCCAGCGACUGUUUCGAACUUGGGAGACAAUCUUAUCACAAUCGUGAUUACUAUCACACCGUACUUUGGAUGCAAGAAGCCAUGAAUCGUCUUCAAGAGGAACAAAACGCUACCACAACUUCGAAACCAGACAUAUUAGAAUAUUUGGCAUUCUCAACUUACAUGCAAGGAAACGUGGCACGAGCUUUAAGUAUGACGAACGAGCUCCUGGAGUUGGUGCCUACUCACGAACGUGCUCUGGGCAAUCGAGCUUACUAUCAAAAGGAAAUCCAAAGCAAAGCUAACCAGUCGAAGAAGAAACGUGGCGAGGAUGGCCAAGAUGACACUGCCGUCCCUGCUCAGCAUUUCACAGUCGCGGAGGAAAAAAUGAAAACCUGGGAAGAAAUGACAGAGAGGGAACGCUACGAAAUGCUAUGCCGUGGAGAGGUGUCGAUCCCCCCGGAAAUACAGAAGAACCUCGUGUGUCGUUACGUCGAUCGCGGAAUUCCGUUUUUGAAAAUUGCGCCAUUCAAGGAAGAGGAGGCCUAUCUGGACCCGAGGAUAGUCGUCUAUCAUAACGUGAUAUACGAUGAGGAAAUCGAGACGAUUAAAAGAAUGGCGCAACCUAGGUUCAAACGUGCUACGGUGCAGAACUAUAAAACUGGUGCCUUAGAGAUAGCGAAUUAUAGGAUUAGUAAAAGUGCAUGGCUUCAGGAGCACGAACAUGAACAUGUGGCUGCUGUCAGCAGACGCGUCGAGCAUAUGACGAGUAUGACUGUCGACACGGCAGAGGAAUUGCAAGUGGUUAAUUACGGUAUCGGUGGCCACUACGAACCACACUUUGAUUUUGCGCGAAAAGAGGAAACAAAUGCGUUCAAAAGUCUGGGAACAGGAAAUCGCAUUGCUACAGUUUUAUAUUACAUGAGCGAUGUGGAGCAAGGUGGUGGUACAGUUUUUACGGCAAUCAACAUCUCCCUAUGGCCAAAAAAAGGCAGUGCAGCCUUCUGGUAUAAUCUUAAACCAAACGGCGAGGGAGAUUUCAAAACAAGACAUGCUGCUUGUCCUGUUCUUACUGGUUCUAAAUGGGUGGCAAACAAAUGGCUUCACGAAAGAGGUCAAGAAUUCCUGAGGCCGUGCACCCUUGAAAACCAAACAGCCGAUGAAGCUGAUGUUAGGCACUGAAUCAUCAACCUAACUCUGGAUCACCACUAUUGAAAAUGAACAAAAAGAAAAAUAGACACGUGUCUAAAUCUCCAAUUGACCGCUCAAAUGCAAAGGACUUGAAGAACAUCUGUGUCGUAAACAGCGUGUUUAAUAUUGAACAAAAACAAAAGACAUUGUUUUAUUUGUCGCGAAAUUAAUCUGCUAAAUACGAACGGCGUUCUUUUUUUCAAGGACAAAAGACGAAACAUGCUUUCAAACGAUUAGAAUCUCAACAAGGAAACUGUCAGCGUUAAAUGACUUUGCAUUUAAAGUAACUAAGAAGAUAUCUCUGUUUUUUUUUUUUUUUUUUUUAUCAGUCUUAUUAGAAAUAUUAAAACAUUGUACAGAUUAAAAUAACCAGAACAUUUUUUUCCAAGCAAAAAAUUCGUUCGUUGCAAUCUAGAAUUAAUAUUUUAUCUCUAGACCCUAGAAUUUUUACAGAAACAUGCAGCAUUUAGGCGAUAGAGUACAUUAGAAUAACAAGCAAUAACGAGUUGCACGUUUGAGCCAGUUAUUAGGUUUUUCCCUUAAAGAAAAGAAGAAAUAAGGAUUCUUGUGAUCAUGUACAGAAGAAUAUAUAUUGUGUGUACAGAGCACAAGACUUCGAAACAUUCUCGUCGCAUUUAUUAAUAUAACUAAAGUGUAAGAAUGUAAAAUGUGGAAUCGAGUAUUCCUGUGUUCAUCAGAGUAUUCUAAUGAAAUCUUUAAUCGCAUCGUUCCUUCUACAACACGUUUCACCCUCUUAAUUGGGUCUUUCUUGUAAAUAGUAGUAAUAUAAUCGAGAAACACGUCGACAAUUUCUUAGAUCCAUUCGUCUUGUAUACGAAUCACUUGUAAAAAAAGAAAAUGAUGAGAAUAAAAGAAGAAAGAGAAAAUGACAAAUGAAGAAAGAAUAUUAGUUUAUCGACGGAGAAACAUAUCUGGAGAGAUAUGUUUAUACCGUGAUAUCGACCUUAACAAUUAAGACGUUAUUCCGCGACCUUUGGUGUACGGCAUCGUCGAACGAAACGUAAUUUAUCGAAAUUAUCAAAGUAUAAUAGACAUGUCUAUAAAUUAAGUAAUCGAACCGUAUCUUACCUUGCAUACAACCACCGUCUUCUACAUCUCUCCUGUCAUCUGCGAUCGUAAUCCUUGUCCGUGUAAAAUCUAACAUUAAGUUCUUCGAUUUAGCAUUAAUUUUCAAUUUUUUACACAAUAAUCACCCGUAAGUGCGCAGGCGAACCAUUGGAAUUAUUUCACGUAUAACAUUAUAUAGACAACACAAAAUUCCCGAUUUAUACGAACAAAACUGUCGACAAUUAAUAUCUUGCGCACUUUUUUCUUAACUUAAACUUAUAUAUUUUAACGUUUUGUAACUCUAACACAAAAGAAAUUUUGAAAUCGAAAUCUGUAUGCAAAAAAUGCGCCAUGAUCACUAUUGAACAUUCGUCUUAUGGAAAUUUAAUGAAUAUUUGAAAAGAAAGAAUCAUUCUUCACGUAGAAUCACUAAUAAUGUUAUAUACAGACAUUGUAUAUGGAACUAAUGUUUGCAAAUGUAAAUUUUCGCUGAUUUCUUAAUUUUACGCAGCACGAAAGUUUAGACACAGCGCGGCGAAAGUUCAAACUGUAAUAACAAGGAUAUUUCGUGUAGAAGCAAGCUAGAUAACAUGGCUGACAGAAUACGAAUGCUGAUUGGUCCGUUCAUUACCUGCAAUAGCUAUGAGCCAACCAGAUUAAUACAUUCGCUGGAGCUUGAUGCGCGAUUGGUUCAAUGUUUGAAAUAUCUCAAAGUAAUUCGAACUACGAUCCUCGUCGCAGUGUAAAAUUGUUAUUGCGUAAAAUUAUUAUUGUAUGUAAUAAUAUUAGCAUCAGUUAUUUUAUUAUUUUACUUUAUUAUUGAUUAGUGCAUUGUGAAAUUACCAAAUAAGAAGAUAGGGAGUGGAAUUCGAUGCAACCACGGCACAUUCAUCAUUGGUUAGGAAGAAAGGAAUAUUGACGUAAAUUAUGAACACGUGAGUUAUUAUACCAUGUAAAUAAUCCGUUUUAAAUGAAUUGUUUCGAUGUCGAUUUUCGGAUUGAAAUAACACCAUCGAUUUACGUUUGGAUCAAGCGAAGUUGUUACGAUUCAUUGUUAUCGCACUUAGUAUAUAUUGUUAGAUCGAACGAGCUGAUGCAGCUCAUUUCAUAUAGCGAUUAUAUACAGUGUAACGCAAUCACUGUAACGUAAUUCCUAAGUAACGUAUACAGUUUGUAAGUUCGUUUAUAACGUUCGUUACUUCAUUCUAAUGAUAAGCUAUAAAAUUAUGUCACGCAAUAAACAUUCGCAAACCCCGAA